AAAAGGCCAAAACUACAGCUGUGUCAAAGACAAGGCAUAGUAACUUGGCCUUCAACAUGUUCCUUGCGGAAAAUGAGCAAAGUACACUAAGAAAAGAUCAUCACCAAGUCUACACUCAACAACCAGUUUUUCCACAUGAAGAGAGGUUCUGUUUCUCAUGAUUUGGGUGCAUUUCCAAGCCUAGGAGGGCCAGAUUUUCAUGGCAGUAGAAUUGGAGGCCAAAAGGGUUGGAGCUCUGAGCGUGUGCCGUUGCCUACAAGCAGUGGACAGAGGCAUGCCAUCCUUGGCAGCACUUCUUUGAUGGGGCUGAGCAAUGGUGGGAGGACUGUGCCUUCAAAAUGGGAAGAUGCAGAGAGGUGGAUUUGCAGCCCGGUUCUCGGAUAUGGGUGUGAGAGCAACAAGAAUGAUUCACAUUCUCAUGGUCAUGGUCAGCAGAGGAGGCCUAAGUCCAAGAGUGGUCCAAUUGUGCCUCCCGGAGCUCUAUACUGUUCGAAUUUUUCGCCUGCAAAUCCGGCAUUUGAUGGCUGCGGCAGCGUGAGGAAUUUCGCAAUCGGUUCACCAUUUUCGACAGGAGUUUUGGCAGCUGAUAGUGUCUCUCUUCUAUAUGGUGGCAGUGGAGGAAUGGGAAGAUCAACUAGUGCGCUUGGACUGCUAGAAUUGCAAAAUGAGAAACUUGAUAACACAAAGUGUGAGGAACCAGUGAUUUCCCGAGCUGUUUCACAACGAGAUAUGGGAACCCAAAUAACCCCAAAUGGUUGCCUCCACCACUCGCCAUCACCUCCCAAAAGGAGGUCAUCAUUUGCUCCAUCUUCUCCAACUCUGCUUUCCAUUGUGGAGCAGCAACGCGAACAUUUUGCUAAGUUAGAGGUCAGAGAAGUGCAGGUUGACAAUGGAGCCACCGGCAGUAAGGGGUCAAGAAGGGGUGGCAGCGUCACGAAAAGAUGCCCGGAUGUUUAUGAUUUCGACAAAAUUGCUAUUAAAAAUCAACCUCCAUCUUUCAAUAUUGCAGAGGCAGCUAUGAACAGUUCAAGAAAGCAAAGAGAGGAAGCCAAGAUCACUGCGUGGGAGAACUUGCAGAAGGCAAAAGCUGAAGCAGCACUAAGAAAACUUGAGAUGAAAUUGGAAAAGAAGAGAUCGUCGACAAUGGACAAGAUCAUGAAGAAGGUGAGAAAGGCACAAGUUAAAGCCCACAAGAUGAGAAGCUCAAUAGCAGUUAAAGACGGCCAUCAAGCUCCGAAAACUCCCGGAAAGAUUGUUUCCUUCGGUAAGCUUGUCCGGGGGGGUUCCCUGAGCAGUUGCUUUACCCGUAAUGCUGCCUAAUUCCUUGUGCUCUUCCCAGCUAAUUUAUUCAUUGCACCAGCUGACCCCUUGGAGUUUCUGAUUUGAAAUCUAGCUUAGGAAUUUCUUCCAUGUCAAGUUUUCUUCCUUUUGACCUCAUCCUGUAUGUAUUGUAUAUAGGAACCUCGUGCAUUAACUAAGUAUGAGAACAGUGAGCACCGUAUAUAGAAGAACUUCAAACGCUUCUCUUUGUGCUCUUGAGUUGGCCUUUUACCAUGGCA